GUCAUUCAAUAGACCAACUUCAGCAUAACAUCUCCACCAUUCACCUGCAUCUUGAACCGCGAUUGUCCACACACCCCGUGCAGUUGUGGCUAAUUAUUAGCUCUUGCUAAAUUGAAUUAAGACCUAACCUGGCCAUGUAAGCUGCGGGAGCCCGAGACACAUAUUCACCUAAGCAAUCAAAAUCCGGGGAACUGUGGCAGUGCUACAUCGAGCAAACCAUAUCUUGACCUCAUACGACCACGAGUAUCCUACCGUUUUGUCCCUUCUGAUCUUUCAAAAUGGGGGAAGACUCUGCACAGACGAUUGCAAACAGGGACACGCCCAUCCCCAUCGUUGCCGUCACAAGUCCCGACAGCUCCAAGCCGAGAACUCCGGUUGUCCCAGAUGAAUCAAGCCAUCGUCUAUCAGCGAGCAAGCUCAAGGGCAAGCUGGAGUCCCUGAGUACGAGAUCCGAAUCUCCUAGCAGGGGGUCAGAUCGAGUGUCAGACAAAGUCUUCACAAUGCUCCUCCAACAAGUCCUCCCAGAGCAAGAUUAUCAAGAUGAGACUCCAACAAUCAAAGAUAGAAGGUCUCGUGCCUAUGUCGACCGACCGGCCUUCAGCAUUCCUACAAUGUCCUCAAACUUCCGCCGGUUCAACUCCCGUAUAGGCGUUGCCUUUGUCUUCGAAAACCGUCUCAUUCGUCUUUUCACCUGGCGCCAACCUACCCAAACCCUUUCUUUCCUUGCAGUGUACACCUUCAUUUGUCUAGACCCAGCUCUUGUCGCCGUCGCACCCUUAGCAGGCUGCCUCUUCUUCGUCAUGGUUCCCUCGUUCCUCGCUCGCCAUCCACCACCACCAACAUAUCUACCAACAGAACUUUAUCCCCUAGGCGGACCACCUAUCGCAGGCGCCCGCACCAUCCGGCCAGCGCCCGAACUGAGCAAAGAUUUCUUCCGCAAUAUGCGCGACCUCCAAAACACCAUGGAAGACUUCAGCCGAGCGCACGACGCUGUCCUUGCAUUCCUCACCCCGCUCACCAACUUCUCCAACGAAGCCCUCUCCUCUAUGAUCUACAUCCUCCUCCUCCUACUCUCCUGCCUCCUCUUCAUCUCCGCACACCUCCUCCCCUGGCGCUACAUCUUCCUCGUCGGAGGCUGGGCCUUCACGCUCCUCGGGCACCCUACAAUCCAAGACCUCAUCUCCUCCCCGACCACGCAAACCGCCAUCUCGGAGAAAGAACACGAGUCCCGGUCCUUCCUCCUCACCCUCUCCAAAUCCGACAUCGAGCUCGUGACGUCCCCAGAGACCCGCGAAGUCGAGAUCUUCGAACUGCAGCACCGCGCCCUGCACGACGAGCACGGCGAGUACGAGAGUUACAUCUUCUCGCCGAGACCAUACGCGCCACUCAGCCCCAGUAGGAUUGCAGGCGACAGGCCGAAGGGCGCGGCGUUUUUCGAAGACGUGCAGCCGCCGCGCGGCUGGAGGUGGAGCGACAAGAAGUGGACGCUGGAUCUCGCGAGCAGGGAGUGGGUGGAGGAGCGCUGUGUGACGGGUGUCGAGGUGGAGAUCGAGGGCGAGAGGUGGGUGACGGAUCUGCACUACGAGAUGCUGGAGGAGGACAGUCCGAAGGGGAAAAAGGGGAAGAAGAGCAAGGACAAGGACCCCGAGAAAGUGGUGCUCAGGAGAGCGUGGGAGAGUCACAAGCCUGCGAGGAAGGGAGAGUGGAGGAGAAGGAGGUGGGUUAGAGGUGUGGAGAGGGUGCCUAUCACUAAUCCUUACGAUUCAUGACUUGGGGUAAUGGCAUAUCAUGUGUAGAUGGAGUUGUAGUUCAUUACAUUCGAAUCGCUGUAGAUUCUAUGCAUCUCUAUUUCUAACAU